AUGACCUCUUUGAAAUCCGACAUCCAGGCGUUGCGAUGCCGUGUUGAUGGAGAUUCAAAAUAUUUCGUCCCUCAUCAAAACCUCUACAAGUUGCUCACUCGAUCGGCCAUUCUCACUGCCCUGAUCGUGGGUAGUGUUGCUCCGUCACACCGUCUGGACGCGAUUGCUGAUAGAAUUCUUUUCGGCGCGAGAAGAGUGUUCGCAAUUCUCGUAGUUCUUGGAGGCCAAGAGAAGGAGAUUCUCCGCUUCAUAGAAAAGGAUAACUUCCAAGAGUCACAGAUUGAUCACAGACUACCCUUGUCUGAAGGUGACCUCAGGGCAAUACUCCCGUCCAUUGCCGCGCCGUUCUAUGAGAAACAGUGGGAGUUCGCUGCUCCGGUGUUCACGAGGGAAGUCGAGCAUCGGUUGUUGGACCUUUCUAAUAUUCUCCCAUUUGUCGAAAAGAAGUAUAUCGAUCGUGGUGGGUUUGCAGAAGUGUAUAGAAUUGCGCUGCAUCCAGGCCAUCAAAAUUUAUCUCUGUUAGGACCUGAAUCAAAAGCGGUUUUCGUUCUGAAGCAGUUUUUCCAGGAAAACGACGACACGGACAGCAGUCAUAGCCUAGAGCUGCACAAUCUCAGUCUUUUAAAUCGUCUUAAGCAUCCUCAUAUCCUCGAGUUGCUCGCUUCCUUCUCCUACCAGAACAAACGCAAUCUCAUCUUCCCGUUUGCAGAGGAUGGAGACCUGGAGAGCUUAUUUAAGAAGAGUGAUCGCCCACCAGAGCUUUGCGAUGAUUUUGCGUUCUACAGAUGCAUGUCGCAGCUUUCUUCGGCCCUUGAAAAGAUGCACGGAUAUACCAUAUCAGCGAAUCUCGAUCCGAAGGUUAUAGGACUUCACCGAGACCUCAAACCGAGCAACAUAUUAGUCAGUAAGAAUAAGUUCAUCUUAGCCGACUUUGGGCUCUCGAGUAUCAAGCUAUUCACCAGUUCCUCGGCAACGCCUUUCCGCAUCGGCGGAGGUGAUUAUCUUGCCCCCGAAUGCGAGGAUAUCGAAAGUCUCUCUAAAGGUAUAGCCGGACGUGCCAGUGACAUCUGGUCGCUUGGUUGUGUCCUUGUGGAAUUGCUCGUAUACAUGAGGGAUGGCCCACCUGGUAUUGACUCCUUCCGGAAAGAUCGAGUAUUCAAAUGCACUUGGACGAUGAGAACCUUCCAUGGUCCUGGAAAAAGCGUCAAUCCCCACGUUAUCAAGUUGCUGGACGAAAUGGAGUCCAACGGCUCAACGACUUCCGGGCUCCUUAUCCGAAUGAUACGAGUGAUGCUCUCCGUAGAGCCAUCAGAUCGGCCUUUAGCUGCUGAAAUUACACGUAAACUACAGUUCUUGGCAGUUAAUGAGUUGGUUAUCUCCUUAGAUGAACCGUACCAGACCAUGAAAGCAACUACUGGAUCGCUCCAAGCCAAUCUCGAGUUAGAGAGGUAUCGUAGCUGGAAAUACGUGCUGGGCUACGUGAGCGAGGACCAGAUUCCAGUGGACUCAGCAGCCGAGUUCCUGCUAGACUUUAGCGAGACCGUUGAAUUACUGCAAGCAGCCCAGAAGGAGUUACGGUUCAUAAGCGAACGAUACGAAGCUACGGCGUACCCAAUGUUCCUCGAGCUGCGGCGGAUCAAUGAUUCUCUACUUGGCCUUUUACGACAGGAAGAUCAAAGCAGAGCAUUUACCUAUCUAGCUAUUCGUCUCCUAGAUACAAAGGAUUCCGCAUUUUCAACUGAUGAGAAAGAUAUUAGGAAGGAUCUAGACACACUCGGUUUCGCUAAAGAUUUCUCGACGAUGAUAAGUGCGAAGUCACAAGAGCUUGCUUUCGAACGGGAGCGACAAGGCUAUGCAAACAUCUGUUUAGAGCCCAAGAGGAUCGAAAUCAAGGACGGCAAAUCUGCCGAGGAUCACAAUCUCGGAUGGUUCUCCCCUGAUGGACUCGAGGAGAAACGGCGAAUCCUUGUAGAGUGGAUUCGCUAUGAUAUGCACUGGGAGGGUACAGUGCAAAAAGAGAUGAUUACGCGGGUCGCAAGCAUUGCAUCCUUCCUCCAUCAGGGGGUUUCGCAUGCUCCUUCGCUCCGGACGCUUGAAUGCCUUGGGUACUUCCACUCUCCAAAUCGGCAUGCGUUCGGUCUCGUCUACGAGCUACCGGUCCCACGCCAAGCGGACUGCCCAAAGUCAUUGAAUGACAUUAUUGUUGAGACCAGGAAAUCUGGAGUUGAUCAGAUAUGUCUGGAGGACAGAUUUCGUCUGGCACUCGAACUUGCUUCAACCCUUCUCAAGUUCCACACGGGCACACUCGUCCACAAGAACAUUUCCUCAUACAAUGUUAUUUUCUUUUCCUCACAACAACGUCUUAUCCAGAGUCCAUAUCUCAUCGGCUUCAACUACUCCCGUCCUAACGAACCAAAGGCCUUCACCACCGGGCCACCUCCUAGUCACACUGCUCGGAAAUACCAUCACCCCGAAUAUAACAUCGAGGAAACGCGGAACGGAGGGCAUUUCCGGUUUCAGUUCGAUUACUACAGUCUCGGGCUGGUGCUCUUAGAGAUUGGGCUGUGGGACACUGUUUCCAAUUUCAAGGCCAAGUCAACGCGGGAUCUACAGCAGAAGCUUUUGGCACGUCAAGUUCCGCUGCUAGGCUACUGUAUGGGUUCAGCCUAUCGAGAUGCCGUGGAUACCUGCUUACAGAGCAAUUUUGGUUGUACUGGAGCGGUGGAUACCGACAUGGCGAUGGUGUUGGAGUUCCAGCGUUUGGUGGUAGACCCAUUGCGAAAUUUUCCGCUUGCCCAGGAAAAACGAUAAAUAGUGGGUAACUAUGGAUUAUGUUGGAUUCCUUUCUCUUCAAAAAAAGAUCUCUUUAUCCAUCGUCUAUCUGAGAGACUGAGCACGCUGGUCUGGUCGGUGAGCGACCGCGGCGACCUACAUAACGACGCGGCGAGAAUGUGAAGCACUUACCCGCGCUUGAGACACGAAUUGCCCUUUUUCCUAACAAAAUGUUGGUCUCACCCGCAAUCUCGUCCUCCUCUAAUCCACCAUCAAUCCGUCCUCUCGCGGUUUCAAUCAGUCUCAUUCUAUUUUCGUGAAAGCCAAAAGGUUCUGCGCCAUAAGACGUCAUGGGAAAUCGUGGAAUCAU